AUGGCCAAUACCCCCCAGGGCCAGCUGCCCCGCCACGAGGCCACUUCCAGUGAUCCGAGCCUCGACACCCAGUCCGAAAAGACACUUAUUGAGGACUCCAAGGAGUCUAUCCCCUCGCCGCCGCCCAGCGCGCCACGUCGGGGUUUCUGGCGCAGGAUCUUGGACCGUCUCUCAGGGUCGAAACAUAGCAGCAGUUCAAAAGGCAGCCCGCCCCUACCGGACCAAUCUGGGAAGACGCACCGCUCUCAGACACCAGUCCUACGGAAUGGGAGAUGGUUGAAACCAAAGAAGACUUGCACUGUCCAGAGAGGUCGCAUCCCACCUCGUCGACAAUAUAAAUAUGAGAUCACUAGGGCCUAUUCCCCGGUCGAGCGUGUAACUCCAAAGAGUAAAGCAUCGGCACCCUGGGUGAUCUGGACGGCCCUCUGUUGCGAUACUGUUGCUGGGCUGGUGGACGCGCCUCCGCAGUGGCUCGAAAAUCUCCGUCACUGCUGGUACGACAAGAUAUACGUCGAUGAUCAUCCCAUGGUUGGAAAGAAGAAUUCCUACGUACGAAGGAUCGACCUCGCCUACCUGAGCGCUAACGGAUCGGGUGACUGGUCGGCAGCCAUUGGAAUCUGGCACGACGAUGCUGAAUGGCUUGCUGGCUUGUCUUACUCGGAUAUAAGGGUUGUUCUGGCACUGGAGCUCAAGGGCACCUUUGGUGAUUUGUCGACACAAGGACGGACCAAGAGACAGAUAGGUCUUGGUGGGCGUUCACCCUCUGGGCAUCUUUCGCGGCUGAGGCCGGUCGAGCUCGACCCCCUCGCCGAAUAUGGGCUCCCCUCAAAGGGCGAAAGGAGACUCCUCUCCCACAAAGUCCAAGAAUCAUACUACGGGCUAAUCGUCACGCGCUACCUCGCCUUCUGCACCGCCGCCGGCGACGGCGCCAACCUCCAAAAGCAAUUCGCCCGCCUCUCCCUGGCCUCCUCCUCCUCCUCCUCCUCCGCCACCACCUCCCAGCCAACCCUCUCGCCACUCCCGCCACCCAUUCAGCCCCCCCAACAAACACAACAAGCACAACAAACCCAACAACCCAAACAACCCCAACCCCAACCCUCAAAACCAAACCCCACACCAACACGCCCCCCGUUCGAACCCACGAUCCCCCCCGCCAUAACAGCACAAGACGAAACCCUCGCCCAGCUGCUCUCGGCCCUGCGCAAGCUGCGCGAGGGCCUAGUCGCCUCGCGCCGGCGCGACCAUUUCGCUGCCCAGGCCUACCUCUUCAGCGUGCGGCUGGGGGUGCUGGCGGGCGCGUACGAGACGUAUCAUCCGGCGGGGCUGUAUCUUUUGAGGUGGCAUGCGGGGAUGGGGGUGGUUAUGGGGGAUGGGGGUGGUGGGAGUGUGGGGAGUGGAGGGAGUGGUGGGAGUGGAGGUGGUGUGGUUGGGAGUUUGACGAGCGUGGAGCUGCAGGAGGUGGUUGCGUACCUCGUGCUGGACGCGGCGUGUCGGCGCGGGGACCUGGCGGGGGCGUACGCGCUGAGGAAUAAAUACCGGCUGCGGGAUGGUAGGGUGGAUGUGGUGCUGCGGGCGCUGGUGGCGGAUAAUUGGGUGGCUUGGAGGCGUGUCAAGGGGCAGGUGGACGGGUAUAGGGCGAAGUUGAUGGAGUUUGCCGAGGAGAGAGUGACGGGUCACACGCUCAAGGCGUUUGGGCGGGCGUAUCUGGCUAUUCCGGUCGCGGUGUUGGAGGAGCAGACUGGGAGUGACUUUGACGAGCUGAAGGCGAGGUUUGGGGUGGGGUGGGAGUUGGAUGGGGGCAAGGUGGUCAUUCGAAAGGUUCAGGGACAGUGAGGGAUGGGGUAAAGGCGUUCGAAGGAGCAUACUGAUACCCUGGGAAUAAAUACAUAAACGAUACUGGAUGGGAUGAAAGGGAUUAUAGGAUUUAAAGACUAGGGUUGAGAUGAAUAGAAGCCUUUUGGUGUAAUGCUUGUUUGCAC